AUGCCCCGCCAAAACUCGAAACCGGUGGUGUCGAGGGACUCGCCCUAUGACAAGGACUACCUGCGUUCGAGAGUACCAAAGGCGUGCGACCGUUGUAGGAGGAAGAAGACAAAGUGCGAUGGAUCUAGUCCUUGUCAGAGAUGUCGAGCGGAAAAUGCCAAUUGCGUGUUUGGUGAUCGGAAAAGAGUUCGAGAAAAGGUAUAUCCUGAGGGAUACACCACAUUCUUGGAAGAACAGCGAGGUUGGCUCAUUCACGGUAUCAGAGAGUUGUAUCGACAUGUUCAAGCGGGAGAUGGUUGGCCUGGAGAACCACUGAAGUGCGACGCCAACGGUCAGCUGUUGGUGCAUGAUAUUCUCUCUCAACUGGGGUCUCUCGACCAGGCUGGAGCCUCAACUACGGAGGAGUCCAAACAACCUUCACAGCAGAAGCUUCAAAUCCCCCAAGAUCGAAAUUUGCAACGGCCACAAUCUUCCACCGGGAGCUCGCACAGCCUGACCCUAGCCCAGGCUUCUCCCAUGACUCCUACCUAUCUUUUUUCCUCACCAAGGAUGCCUCAAGCCCGAAAUACUGCAUUUAUACACGACUCAUUAUCAUUGCCCACGCAGCCUAUUGCCGAUACCAGAACUCUCCAGAGUGCAUUCGACAUACAUCCGACCAACGAUGUUGAUCAGUCCGGCAAACUAGAUAUGAUAGACCCUGCAAAUCAUGUCGGGCUAUUGUAUAAUGAUGUCCAGGCUGGCUUCCCCUCGCUCCAAUAUCCCACGGAUGGUGACUCUAUGUCUUCAGAUUUAUUCCCCGGCAUCGGGUAUGACAUAGACGACUGGGAGAUGUUCUUUCAAUCCAUUUCUAAAAACCCAGUUGUCGACAGGGGGUUAUUCGAUACCAUUUUAUGA